AUGGAGGCAGCGCUUCGAACCAUCGCCCAAGUGGAGCGAGGCCCGGACCAUCAUGGCUUGACGCUCCUCAUCAUUGACCCUCAGAUCGACUUCCAUCCUGGUGGAAGUCUUGCGAUCCCGACUGCCAAUGAGGAUGCCGUGCGUACCGCAGCGUUCAUUCGUGCGCAUACCAAGGAGAUCAGCCAAAUCAUCAUCACGCUGGACUCGCACCAACGGCAGCACAUUGCCCACGGUGUGUUCUGGCAAGACGAACAUGGUGUGAGCCCGUCUCCAUUCACGCUGAUCCUAUCGUCGGAUGUCGCCAGCGGCAAGUGGAAGCCACGAUCCCCGGAACUCCAAGAGUACGCGUACGAAUACACAAAAGCGCUUGAACAAGGAGGGCGUUUCCAGCUGUGCAUCUGGCCCGAACAUUGCAUCAUCGGCACCCCCGGCCAAGCCAUCGUGGACUCCAUUCACAGCGCAGCAUUGGAAUGGUCGGUCCUGACUCGUCGUCCCAUCCACUACGUGAACAAGGGCAGCAACUGCUUCACGGAAAGUUACUCGGCCCUGCGUGCAGAUAUUGAACUCCCCCAUGACCCGUCGACGUCGUUGAACGUUCCGCUGGUCGAGUCGUUGAAGAAGUCGAACGCGGUCGUCGUCUGCGGCCAAGCACGGUCCCAUUGCGUCAACUUCACGGUGCGCGAUCUCAUCAACGUAUGGCCCACCGAGCGAGCCAGUGACAUUGUUGUGCUCUUGGACUGCACGUCCAACGUCCCCGGGUUCGAGUCCAGCGGCCAAGCCUUCGUCGACGACAUGGGAGCCAAGGGGGUGCGGUUUAUUCAGACGACCACCGACGACGCUUUCCUCCCUGCCGCACCACCUCGUGUCGUUUAGGUCGCUCUGCUUUUCAAGAUAAUCCGCCACUGCUAUGACCACCGCCGUAGACUAACAUUGUAAACGAGCGAUUUAAUUCAGUACCCCAAAUUCAUUUCACG